AUGAGCCGGAGCGAUCCGGGCCCCGCCGCCGGCCCCGCUCCUCCCCCGGCCCCGGGCAGCGCUCCCGCAGCGGCCCCGCCUGACCCCGCCGCCCCGCUGUCUCCAGCCAGGCCCGAGCCGCCCAACCCUGGAGCCGCCGCUGGAGCCGCCGCUGGAGCCGCCCGGCCCGGCGGGGGGAGCGCCGAGGGGCCCCACGGGGAGCACACGAAAGCGCUGCUGGUCGCCGUCAGCUCCGCCGUGGACAAGGUGAUCGCCCACUUCAGCACCGCUCGGAACCUGGUGCAGAAGGCCCAGCUGGGAGACAGCCGGCUGAGCCCCGACGUGGGGUACCUGCUGCUGCACACCCUGUGCCCCGCGCUCUACGCCCUGGUGGAGGAUGGGCUGAAGCCUUUCCAGAAGGAUGUUAUCACAGGCCAGAGGAAAAACUCCCCCUGGAGCGUGGUGGAAGCCUCUGUGAAGACAGGCCCCAACACCCGCUCCCUGCACUCCCUGUGCUGGCACGUGGCCGGGCUGGCCCCGCUCAGCAGCACCAGGCAGAAGUUCCACGCCUUCAUCCUCGGCCUUUUGAACAUUAAACAGUUGGAGCUGUGGAUCUCUCACCUGCAGAAGAGCCCAGGUGUGAUCUCCGUGCUCUACUCACCCACGGCCUUCUUCGCCCUGAGCCAAGGCCCCCUUCCCCACCUCGCCGACGAACUGCUGCUGCUCAUCCAGCCCCUCUCGGUGCUGACCUUCCACCUGGACCUGCUCUUUGAGCACCACCACCUCUCUGUGGACGUCCGGCCCUUGUCCCGGCGUUUGGAGUCGCCGCUGUCCCCUCCCCGUCACCCCAUUCCAGCCGUGUCUCCGGAGGGCCGGGGCAGCGCUGCCGGGAACAGCCUGGAGGAUGAGACCCCCCCUGACGCCCUGGGGAGGGCGGGGGGUGCGGGGGGUAGCACGAGGGCCCGGCCCCAAGCGACCUUGGGCGGGCUGGUCCCUGCUCCCCCCGUGGGGGCUGCCCUGCACCAAACCCUGCAGCACGUGCUGCGCUGGGGGGACCAGCUCAGCCGCGCUUGGCGGGGAGCUGAGGGACCCCCGCAGAGCCACGGGCCCGAGGAGGGCCCUGGGGGCACCGGGACCGGCCUCAGUGGCUGGUGGGGCCAGCUGAGCCAGUCCUCCAGGAUUUACAGUGCUCCCAGCAAGGAGAAGUUCCCCUUGGUGUGGUGGACGAAGCUGCGGGGGCCUGCGGGGGAUCCCAGUCCCGGCCAGGCCGUGCAAUCCCAAACGUCCCUGAGUGAGGCUGGAGGGACAGAGCUGCAGCUCCUACAGACCAAAGCUGUCCCUGAACGCUCUGGCCCGAAGCCCAGCAGCAGCACUGACACCUCGGGGACCUCUUCCCCUGAAGACCUCGUCCUGCCCACCGGAGCUGGAGCACCCACCAAGCCGGAUGAUCCCACUGCUGGAGAGAAGCUCCUGGAUCUUUCCCCGGAGCCUCGUGCCAACGGGAACCAGGCAGCACCUUCUGGCCCAGGGUUGGGUGGUCCUGGUCCUGACAAGGGCAGCUGGCUGGGCCGGCUCUUUGGAGCCACCAGCCCCUCAUCCAGGAGCUUCCCCCCCAGUCCCGACACCAUCUCGGCCAGGUCCAGGAGACCGUCCCACUGGCUGUCCCCCAGCCCCCGUGUCCUGGCCGGGGUGGUGAAGGGGCUGGCGCCCGACAGGACCCGCGCUCAGGAACAGCCGGAGAGGAGCACGGCCCCCGCUCCCCAGGCCCAGAGGGCAGUUCGGGCGCUGUGCGACCACACGGGCACGGCCGACGGGCACCUGAGCUUCCAAAAAGGGGACAUCCUGCAGCUGCUCUCCACCGUGGAUGAAGACUGGAUCCGCUGCUGCCAUGGAAACAGCACCGGCCUCGUUCCUGUUGGUUACACGUCCCUGAUUUUGUGAGGAGGCGGAGGAGACCCGAGGAAGCAGCCGAGCUUGGCGGAGCGGGUGCGGGCUCCGGGAAGGGAUGUCUCCUGCCGCGGCUUCACCGCUUCCAGGGCUUUAUAACCUUCGGGGCUUCACCACCUCUGGGGCUUCACCAUCCCCGGGGCCGGCAGCUCGCAGGGGACCCAGCCCCGCGCCCGUCACUGCUGCUCCUCCGCAUGACGUCCCCGUCUGCCGGCACCGCUCCAGGGACCCUCCUCGGGAACUGCUCUGGCUCUGGUUCCUCAGCUGCUGCCCACGCCUGUGCCAGGCCGGGGAGGAGCUCUGUCCCUGCCUGGCACUCACAGCCCUGUGUGUUGUCUCCGUGCCACCCUGUCUUGCCACUGCUGCCACCUCCACGUGUCCCGCUCUGCCCCGGCGGCCCCGGCCGGCCCCAGCACUCUGUACAUAGUUGUAACCACAGGAAUGAGCUUGUUCCACUGGGAAAAGGCUGGAAAUAAAGGUUGUGACUCACGUGUC